AUGGGUCGCGGCGGCGAGGCUCAGGCGUCCGGCUCCCCUCCGGAGUGGGACGUCAUCGUCGUGGGCGCCGGCGUCGCGGGCGCGUCCCUCGCCUACGCCCUCGGCAACGAGGGCCGCAACGUCCUCCUCCUCGAGCGCGACCUCUCCGAACCCGUGCGCAUCGUCGGCGAACUCCUCCAACCCGGCGGCUACCUCAAGCUCAAGGAGCUCGGCCUGGAGCACUGCGUCGAUAACAUCGACGCGCAGAAGGUGUACGGCUACGCCAUGUACAAGGACGGCGGCGAGGCGCUCGUCGGGUACCCGCUCGAGGGCAGGGGCGACGACGUCGCGGGUCGAUCGUUUCACAACGGCCGCUUCGUCAUGCGACUUCGCGAGGCGGCGCUGGGGUGCGACAAGGUGACGGUUCGCCAGGCGACGGUCAAGAAGCUCCUGAAUACGAACGGUCAGGAGUGGGUCGACGGCGAGGGCGUGCCCAUCGGCGGCGUCGCGGCGACGGAAAACGAGACGGAGCAGAAGGAAUACUUCGCGCCGCUCACGGUGGUGUGCGACGGGUACUUUUCGAGCUUCCGCAAGAAGCUCACGCCGGCGGCGGCGCCGGUGUCCCCGAGCACGUUCGUCGGGAUCAUCAUCGACGGGGACCCGAACGAGCUCCUCCCGCGGCCCGGGCACGGGCACGUCGUCCUCGGCGACCCCUCGCCCGUGCUGUUCUACCCGAUCUCGAGUAAGGAGGUUCGAUGUUUGGUGGACAUUCCCGCGCACGUGAAGAUGCCGAGCGUCGCGUCCGGCGCGAUGGCCGAGUACGUCCUCACCAAGAUCGUCCCGCAGGUCCCGGAGAAGCUCAGGGACCCGCUCGUAAAGGCUGUGGAGGGCGGCGCGUUCAAGUCGAUGAUGAACAAGACGAUGCCGGCGCAGCCGUCGAGGACGCCCGGCGCGGUGCUCCUCGGCGACGCGUUCAACAUGCGACACCCGUUGACGGGCGGCGGGAUGACCGUCGCCUUCUCCGACGUCGUCACGAUGAAGUCGAUGCUCUCGCCGCUGCCCUCCUUCGCCGACGCCGCCGCCGUGGGCGAACGCGUCGACGCCUUUUACGCGCAUCGCACCCGUCCCGCGUUGACGAUCAACACCCUCGCCAACGCGCUCUACAAGGUGUUCUGCUCGAGCGCGGACAGCAGCAUGGAGGAGAUGCGCAGGGCGUGCUUCGAGUACCUGCGUUUGGGCGGCAGCAUGUCCGCCGGGCCCAUCGCGUUGCUCGGCGGUUUGGAGACGAACCCGCUGACGCUGGUGGCGCACUUCUUCUCCGUCGCGCUCUUCGGAGUGGGCAGGCUGAUGGUGCCCCUGCCGACGCCGGCGAGGAUCUGGAAGGGCGUGAACCUGCUCAAGGGAGCGGUGAAGAUCAUCGUGCCGAUCGUUUCCGGAGAGGGGCUCGUCAGGAUGUUCGUGCCGUCCAAGUACAGGGAGAAGGCGCGCAUCAUCUGA